AUGUCUGCACAGGGACCAACUGCCGCCGCCGCCGUCCCUCUGCCCCAGAGAAACCGGAAGUCAGCCAAGCAAGUCGAUGGCUCGUCGCCGGCACCCCGCAAACGGCGAAGACGAGCGGUAGGGAGCGGCGCUGCGGAGGAUUGUUUUACGUGCGCCAGCCGUCAGGUCAGCUGUGAUCGGAGGAGACCAUAUUGUACCCAGUGCUUGGAUUUGGGGGGGCGGUGCUCCGGCUACAAGACGACGUUGACAUGGGGUGUUGGUGUCGCCAGUCGCGGGAAACUUCGAGGAUUGUCGUUACCUAUCUCCGGUUCUCAGAACGUCGCCGCGCCUGUCUCGCAGACCACGACGAGAAAAUCUAUACCGAGGAGUGUGUCGCAAGCGAAAGCACAGCCAGCCGGGUUGACACCGACUCAAACACAGUCCGUGAGAUCGCAACAAUCGUCCGCUCCAUCGGCCCAUUCGAGUCCGUACUCAACCUCCGCUAGCUGGGCAUCGACAGUGGCCAGCAUACACGUCCCACCAGCAGCUCAUCACCAAGCCUCGGCACAGGCACCCCCCAUUAUCCCUUCCUUUCCACAGGCUUCAUACGCCCAUUCGAGUAGUCCUACCGAAGACAUAUCUGGUCAAUCUAUAUACACCGGUCUCGAUCCAGUGAAUACACCCGUCGAACCCACUUCUUUCAGCUCAUUCCAUCCAACAUUAUGGCGAACUUCACCGGCCCUGCAGCAAUUUGCCAAACCUCCAAGCCCUGCUUAUUCUGAGCAAUCUAUCUACUUCCAAGGAAAUGGGCCAGGGAAUUGCCUCACGAAUAGCUAUACUGCGCAAGACGAAAAUGAGAUCUGCCAGACCUCCCAGGUUCCACCCACAGCUUGCACGACGGUUUCAAGUCAGCAACAAUUCGCGCCACAUACUAUUUACCAACCUUUCUCGAACCAAGUCAUCGGUAAAACGCCUCGCAUGCGGUAUCUGAUCGGUUAUUACUUGGAAGUGCUUGCGCCGGUAAUCGUGGCAUUCGAUACCCCAACCAGUCCAUUCCGGCUAUAUAUGAUGGAGCUAGCCAAAACUAGUGAGACUUUACAACAUGCAAUUGCUACCUUGUCGCUCAGCAAUCUAAGGCAACGGAGGAAGAAUUGGGGACCAUCCACCGGCAAAACCUUGCCUUCCCGUCGGUCGUGCCAGGCACUUAGUCGCCUCACAGAUAGCUCCAUGUCGGAGGAUUUUGGGCUCCUGAACCCCGACGAGCAAUAUAGAGAGGAACUACUUCACAAAGCUAUUGUAAUCGAGUCGGUGAACUCGCAGUUAGCGGACCCAAUAGCCAGGCGCUCUGAUGCAUUGUUGGCAACAUUGUUGGUGCUCAGCAUAUUCCAUAUGUGUGACACUGGAAUGGCAUCCUUUAAGACUCAGUUUGCCGGCGUGAAGAAGCUUUUCUCUCUUCGGAAAAAUACCAAAAGCUUCAGUACAGACGUAUCAAAGUGGUUCAUGCGGAUGUUCAUCUGGUUCGAUACCAUGACCGCCGCCGUCAAUGAUCGGGAUAGCCAAUUGGGUAGUGAAUUGUUGGACUUUGCAGCGCAAACCGGUGACGAAUGGGCGCUGGAAAACUUAGCUGGAUGUGACUCAAGGAUAUUUAGACUGGUUGCUCAACUAAGUCGGCUAAACCAACUGAGCCAGAUGAAACAUGUCGAACCGAACGACUUUAUGGAAAAAGCGGUGCCCUCAGCUACACCUCCUCCGGGCAUACUCCAUUAUCCCGGGUACUCGGCUCCCAUUUAUCCCCAUGGAACUUUCAUAUCGUUUCCUGGGGACAUGCCGUUCAAUCCGUAUCAGAACGCAGACCCGCGUGCUCUCUUCUGGCAAGAAUGGUACUCAAUGCGCCAAAAGCUGGAAUCAUGGCGUCUCGGUUUGCCCGAAUCUGCAUCACCGGAUACCCCCAGUCCAAUAACCCCUACGCAUACGCCUACUUCCGUCCAAUGCUCUUCGCCCGCUGAAUUUCUACCCUCUACAUCCUCACCAGCAUCGUCCCUCGCGCAUGUCCCGCCCGCUAACCUCCCCGAUGUGUCAAACAUUUCAGAAUCCUUCCGGUAUGCUGGCCUCUUGUACCUUGAACGACUCGCUAAUCCGGAUAUUCCUUCUUCCCACCCUCGAAUUCAGAAUUUAGUCUACGGCGCUUUACAUUUUAUCACCGCUGUUCGCUCAGACGUCUUUCUCCUCUGGCCUCUUUUCAUCACUGGCGCCGAAUGCGUUCUCGAAUCAGACAGGCAGAUCAUCCGUGACAGAUGCUGCGACAUACAAAAGGACUCGGGUUUCGUCAACAAUUUAUCUUGCUUGCAGUUACUUGAGAAGAUUUGGGCAAGUGAAUCUAGUCAAGGCGCAACAGCGCUUUCAGCGCACACUACCACCGCUUCGAAAGGCGAAUAUAUCGGGAACCCGGUAGGUGAGAUGGGACAGUUGGCCACGGCUCGCCCGCUGCUUGGCGGGGAGGGCUUCAAAUGGAAACGGAUCGUUGAUCAGGAAAAGAUGAAAGACGAGUAUAUUGUUGUCUGA